CGGGCCGGACCCCUCUGGUAGGGCGUGUCUGGUAACAGCGCCCCCCAUGGGCCCCCCCUGCCAGAACGCUCCUGUCCCCUGCACUCCGAGCUGUCCCCGCCCCCGUGGGGCUGUUCUCCUGGCUGGCAUAGUGAGCUGGCACUGCCCUCUGCCCUGGCACCAUGUGCCCCCCCCAAGCACUGGGAUGCCCCAAACCCCAGACCUGGCACACAGCCCCCCACCCCACCCCCGCAAGGUCUGGCUUUCCCCGAGGCCCUGGCACAGGCAUGGGAAGGUCUCAGGGGUGACCUGGCCUGUCUCCUUCCCCCAAGCAGGAUUCUCCGUCCCAGGCUUUCUGGAGGGAGCGCAGGGAGGAGGUCACAGAGCCCCAGGGCUGUGAGGAAGGGAAGGUUUCAUGUGGCGACUGUCCAGGUGAGGAAGGGGUUAACCUGCCCUGGUGCAGUUGGUUGGUGCAGGAGUGCCACUAUGUGGAAUGGCCCAGGUGCUGCCAUGAGUGGUACAUGGCCUGUGGUGUGGCACCCUGUGGAGCCCCCCAUGCCCUGCCCUCUCUGGGACCAGGUGGGAGGUGGUCACAGCUGCUUCCCCCUUGAGGAGAGUUUGUGGGGAUCAAGCCCUGGUUCCCAGCCCCAUAAACAGUGAUUGGUUAAUGACCCCCACACAACAUCCCGGAGCGUCCCUUUGCCCCAGUGCUGGGGUGGCUCUGGGGGCUGUCUACUGGGCGGCAGUGACAGGAAAGGAUCUAGGAGGCACAGCGGACAAGCAGCUGGACACAAGCUACCAGUGCAGUGCCAUGGCACGAGGGGUCGUGUAAUCCCUGGAUGUGGAACAUACACGGGUGUAGUGAGCUAGGUGGCACUGGGAGGCUGACACUGGAAACCUGUGCCUAGUUCUGGUGUCCAUAUUCUAACAGGUGGGUGGUACAUUGGAGAGGAUGCAGGGAAGAGACACACACACAGUUUGAGGGCUGGAGAAAAUGCCCUCGAGUGACCAACAUAAAGAGCUAGAUCUGUCUGGUUUACUAAAAAGCAGACUCAGUGUCUCAGCCAAUAAUCACAUGACUCCAGGGGCUGGGACUUCGAGGAAAACACCAUAUAGAGGCUGAAAACAUGAGAGCCUCAUCUCUUUCGUUUGUCUGCGAGAAAGUGAAGAAGUGAAGUGAGCAUGUGAUCGUGAUCUCUAAGUACCUACCUGGGGUAGAAAGCCUGAGUAGAGGGCUUUUCAACCCAGCAGGGGAAGUCAGAGCAGGAUCCAGUGGCCGGAUGCUGAAGCUGGAAAAAUUCAGAUGAGAGAGAAGGUAGAAAUUUUUCACUGAGGAACAUCGUAAUGAUGGCUGCAUUGGAAUGGGUGCAGAGAACUCUCUUACGCUGGUCUCUAUCUUCUGUAACUUACUAGCUGGUCAAGACUGUAGACUUUAAAGAAUCUUUGGCCAAUCUGCUGUCAAGCACAUCCUCACAGCCACUGAGGUUCAGAUUGCUGCAGCUGGAGGAGGAGUUCCGUGGAUGGGUGAACUCCAGGUGAGGAGAGUUCUGCGGAGGGAUGUGAAGGUAGCCAAGGAGGCUGCUGAAGGCUCCAGUUCCUGCAGGACUUGUGGCUGCACCCCUGCUGCUCUUCUGACACCCCGCGAAUCUGACAGCUCCUCAGCUUUGGUCGAGAGUAUCUUCCCGACACCCUCCGGGGCGCAGGGUGACGCAGAGAAAUUGGUGUGGCCUGGUGGCCAGCGCACAGGCUGGCCCUUAAGCUCUAUUCCCAGCUCUGGGCUGCAGAGCCCACCCGGCUCAUUCAUGGCUGCAGCAGAGCCCGCUCGGGGAAGGGACUAUCAGCGAGCUGCGGAAGGAUGCUCUGUCCCCCUGCCGGACCCGGCGUCCUGGGUGGAAGGGGAGAACGUGUGGGUGCUGGAGCUGCAGCCCUACGGCGAUCCCAGUGCAGGUGACGAAGCGGUAAAGCUGGAGCCGCAGGGGCCGUUCCUGAGAAGCUCUGUGAAGGCUGUAAAGCAGGAGACGCUGAAGCCAGGCAUAGCAGGGAUGCCGGAGCCGGAGGGGCCGUUCCUGAGAAGCUCUGUGAAGGCUGUAAAGCAGGAGACGCUGAAGCCAGGCAUAGCAGGGAUGCCGGAGCCGGAGGGACCGUUCCUGAGAAGCUCUGUGAGGGCUUUAAAGAAGGAGAUGCCCGAGCCAGGCAUAGCAGGGAUGCUGGAGCUGGAGGGACCAUUCCUGAGAAGCUCUGUGAGGGCUUUAAAGCAGGAGAUGCCUGAGCCAGGCAUAGCAGGGAUGCUGGAGCCGGAGGGACCAUUCCUGAGAAGUGCUGUGAGGGCUUUAAAGCAGGAGAGGCCCGAGCCAGGCAUAGCAGGGAUGCUGGAGCCGGAGGGGCCGUUCCUGAGAAGCUCUGUGAGGGCUUUAAAGCAGGAGAGGCCCGAGCCAGGCAUAGCAGGGAUGCUGGAGCCGGAGGGGCCAUUCCUGAGAAGCACUGGAGAGAACAUUCCCUGGAUCCCGGAGCAGGGCAGAGCUGGUGGGAACCAGCACCGGGCAGAGAGGAGGAACCCUCCACGGAGGAGGCAGGGUAAGAACAGCCGCUAUGACCCCCUGCCGGGGAGGCAAGGGGGCAGCCCCCUGCGGGACAUCACUGUGCCCCAGAGCGCAGCUGCAGGGGGGCCACCCCACACGUGUGCCACCUGUGGAAAGAGUUUCAGCCGCCGCUCCAAGCUGAGCUCCCACCAGAGGAACCACACUGGAGACAAACCCCACAGCUGUGGGGACUGUGGGAAGGGCUUCCUGUGGCGCUCGGACCUGCUCCGGCACCAGCUCAUGCACACGGGGGAGCGUCCCCACCACUGCUCCCAGUGUGGCCGUGGCUUCAGCCGGGCCUCGCGGCUUCUGCAGCAUCAGAGAGUCCACAUGGAAGCCAGCCACGGAACGGAGGGCAGCCCGGUGCCGAAUGUGUUGCAGGGAGUACACGGGGAGCCUGGCAAUGGAGUGGGGCAGAGCCCGGGGCUGAGCGAGGGCCAGAGAGUCCAUGCGGAGCCUGGCCACGGAGUGGGACGGAGCCCAGGACUGAAUGUGGGGCUGGGAGUCCACUUGGAUCCCCGCCAUGAGGUGGGGCAGAGCCCGGGGCUGAGUGAGGGCCAGGGAGUCCACGUGGAGCCUGGCCACGGGGUGGGGCAGAGCCUGGGGCUGAAUGAGGGGCUGGGAGUCCACACAGAGCCGGACCACAGAGUGGGGCAGAGCCUGGUGCUGAAUGAGGGCCAGGGAGUCCACGCAGAGCCUGGCCACGGAGUGGGGCGGAACCUGGGGCUCAGUGAGGGCCAGGGAGUCCAUGCGGAGCCUGGCCAUGGAGUGGGGCGGAGCCUGGGGCUCAGUGAGGGGCAGGGAGUCCAUGCGGAGCCUGGCCAUGGAGUGGGGCGGAGCCUGGGGCUCAGUGAGGGGCAGGGAGUCCAUGCGGAGCCUGGCCAUGGAGUGGGGCGGAGCCUGGGGCUCAGUGAGGGGCAGGGAGUCCACGUGGAGCCUGGCCACGGAGUGGGGCACAGCCCGAGGCUGAGUGAGGGGCUGGGAGUCCACGUGGAGCCCGGCAAUGGAGCAGAGAGGACCUGGGCUCUGAGUACGCUGCAGAGAAGCCACGUGGAGCCUGCCCAUAGAGGGGAGGGCAAUGUGGCACAGAGCCCAACCUUGUUCGCACUGCAAGGAGUCCAUGGAGAGCCCUGUCAUGGAGCGGGGUGGAGCCCAGUGCUCACUACACUGCAGGGCAUCCAUGCAGAGCCUGGCCAUGGAGUGGGGCGGAGCCUGGGGCUGCAUGAGGGGCUGGGAGUCCAUGCGGAGCCUGGCCACGGAGUGGGGCGGAGCCCGGGGCUGAGUCAGGGGCUGGGAGUCCAUGCAGACCCUGCCCAUGGAGUGGGGCGGAGCCUGGGGCGGAGUGAGGGGCAGGGAGUCCAUGCGGAGCCUGGCCACGGAGUGGGGCGGAGCCUGGGGCGGAGUGAGGGGCAGGGAGUCCACGUGGAGCCUGGCCAUGGAGUGGGGCACAGCCUGGGGCUCAGUGAGGGGCAGGGAGUCCAUGCGGAGCCCGGCAAUGGAGCAGAGAGGACCUGGGCUCUGACUAUGCUGCAGGGAGUCCAUGCAGAGCCCUGCCCCGGGGCAGGGUGGAGCCCAGUGCUGACUACGCUGCAGAGAAGCCACGUGGAGCCUGCCCAUGGAGGGGAGGGCAACGUGGCACAGAGCCCAACCUUGUUUGCACUUCAGGGAGUCCACGGAGAGCCCUGCCAUGGAACGGGGUGGAGCCCAGUGCUCACUACACUGCAGGGCAUCCACGCAGAGCCAGGCCACGGAGUGGGGUGGAGCCCAGUACUCACUACACUGCAGGGUGUCCACGCAGAGCCAGGCCAUGGAGCAAGCUGGAGCCCUGUGCUAACUACACUGCAGGGCGUCCAUGUGGAGCCCUGCCACGGAGCAGGGUGGAGCCCAGUGCUCACUACACUGCAGGGUGUUCACACAGAGCCAGGCCACGGACCGGGGUGGACCCCAAUGCUCACUACACUGCAGGGCGUCCAUGCAGAGCCAGGCCACAGAGCAGGGUGGAGCCCCGUGCUCACUACGCUGCAAGGAGUCCACGGGGAGCCCUGUCAUGGACAAGAAUGGAGCCCAGCCCUGAGUGCAUUGCAGGGCAUCCAUGGGGAGCCCAGCCACAGCCCAGAAGGGAACCCGGCGCUGAUUGCCUUGCAGAGGGUCCACGCGGAGUCCUGGCAUGGCGCAGAGGGUAAUGUGGCACAAUGCCCAACCGUGUUUGCACUGCAGAGAAUUCAUGCAGAACCCUGCUAUGGCACUGAGGGACCCGCGGCCCAGAGCCUGGAGCUGAUUGUGGUGCAGAGAGUCCAUGGGGAGCCCUGCCAUGGAGCAGAGGGGAGCUCAGCCCUGAUUACCCUGCAGGGAGUCCACGGGGAGCCCUGCCACGGCACCGAGCAGAACCCGGCACUGCAUGCAGUGCAGACAGUCCACGGGGAGCCCUGCCACGGCACCGAGCAGAACCCGGCACUGCAUGCAGUGCAGACAGUCCACGGGGAGCCCUGCCACAGCACCGAGCAGAGCCUGGCACUGAGUGCAGUGCGGACAGUCCAUGGGGAGCCCUGCCACGGCACCGAGCAGAGCCCGGCACUGUGUGCAGUGCAGACAGUCCACGGGGAGCCCUGCCAAGGCACUGCGCAGAGCCAGGCACUGCAUGCAGUGCAGACAGUCCACGGGGAGCUCUGCCACGGCACCGAGCAGAGCCCAGCACUGAAUGCAGUGCAGACAGUCCAUGGGGAGCCCUGCCAAGGCACUGAGCAGAGCCAGGCACUGCAUGCAGUUCAGACAGUCCACGGGGAGCUCUGCCACAGCACCGAGCAGAGCCCGGAUCUGCAUGCAGUGCAGACAGUCCACGGGGAGCCCUGCCAAGGCACCGAGCAGAGCCCAGCACUGCGUGCAGUGCAGACCGUCCACGGGGAGCCCUGCCAUGGAGUAGAGAGUCCCAUAGCCCAGAGCCUGGCGCUGGCUGCGCUGCAGAGUCUCCAGGCUGGAGAGGCUCAAUGUGUCAUUGCUGAGCGAGGGGGAGGCCUGGCCGAGACCCCACCAUCCUCCGUGGCCUUGGUGCAGGAGAAUCCCUUCCAAUGUCCCGAGUGCCGAAAGUGCUUCAGCCGCAGCUCGUACCUGGUGAAGCACCGCCGGAUCCACGGGGCGGGGAAGCCCCACCAGUGCCCCCAGUGUGGCAAGUGCUUCAGCCAGCGCUCAUACCUCUGCAAGCACCGCCGGAUCCAUGCCGCAGCAGCCGGCAAACCCCACGAGUGCGCGCUGUGCGGCAAGCGCUUCAGCCUUCGGUCCUACCUCUGCAAACACCGCCGCAUCCACACGAGAUAGAGCCGGUCCCCAGGCCUGGGAGCCACAGCAGCCCUGGAACCAAGGGGACACCGCCCUGUAGCCACAGAGCCAUGGUACAAGCAGCACACAGAGUGUGCCAGCAGAACCCACGGCACAGAAGCGCUACCGGCGGAGCUGGCAGGCUCCUCUCUCUGGCACGCGGUGGGAGAGGGAGCGCUGGGUGAGGCUGGGGGGAAGAGGGGGGAGAACUUUCUGUGCCAUGUUCUAUAGUGUUUUCUGUCAAUAAACGGUUUC